AUGGCCUAUAACAACAUCAGUGGUAACAUACCACCAGAGUUUGCACAUUCAACUCAACUACAAAGGCUUGAUCUUUCUUCCAAUAAUUUGGUAGGUGAAAUCCCAAAGGAGUUUGGGAAGAUGAAAAGUAUGUUGAAUUUGUCCUUGGCUAAUAACCAACUUUUAGGUAUUAUACCUCCACAGCUCGGAUCUUUAGAACUCCUUGAAAAUUUCCUCACAGAAGAGAUACCAUCUGAAGUUCAAGGUUUGAAAAAUCUACAAAAGUUGAAUCUUUCUCACAAUAGACUAUUUGGUUCAAUUCCUAACGAUUUUACAAGUUUGCCUAGUGGGAUUGACAUUGACCUGUCCAUAAAUAAGCUCACAGGUCUAGUUCCGCUUUGCUCCAACUUUGUGAAUGCAUCCUUACAAGGUAAUCCAGCUGUUAAGAAACUUCACUCAUCAUGUGAGAAUGUUGAUCAUAAUGGAUUCCUUAAUGAGAUACGAGCAUUAACAAACAUAAGGCAUCGAAACAUAGUAAAACUUUAUGGAUAUUGCGCACAUGCCCGCCACUCAUUUUUGAUUGAUGAAUACCUUGAAAAGGGAAGCCUUGGAUCAAUCUUAAGAAGUGAUGUUUUAGUAACAGAACUAGAUUGGUUGAAAAGGGUAAAUAUUGUAAAGGCUGUAGCUAAUGGUUUGGAUUAUAUGCAUCACGACUGCUCACCUCCUAUAAUUCAUAGAGACAUUUCCAUUGCCAACAUCCUUCUUGAUUCUGAUUAUGAGGCACAUAUUUCUGAUUUUGGCACAUCCAAGCUUUUAAAGCUAGACUCAUCCAAUUGGACCGCAAUUGCAGACACCUAUGGCUAUAUCACGCCAGAGCUUGCUUAUACAAUGGUCGUGACCGAUAAAUGUGAUGUGUAUAGCUUUGGGAUUAUUGCACUAGAAGUGAUAAUGGGAAAGCAUCCUGGUGAACUACCAACAUUGUCUGCUGAUUAUCUGGUGUCAUCAAAUGUUGGAGAUAGUCGUAUUCCACUACCUUCACCACAAGUCGAGAAAAAAGUGAAUUUGGUACUGAAUCUCUCAAGAGCAUUUUUGAACUCGAAUCCAAAAGAAAGGCCAACAAUGCGCCAAGCUUCAAAUCUGUUGAUGAAGGCUUGA